AUGUAUUAAAAGCCUGUUUAUUAAUGUUUAUUUCUGACCAUUAGUGACUCCUUGAGGUCUUGCAAUGGAUGUAUCCAUUUUAGGAAACAAUUUGGCCACUGGGCUUUUGCUUUGCUGAGGUUUGCACUCCAAAGGGUAGAUAAAGCCAGGAAAAGUUCUAUUUUGAUUUAAUUGAACUUGAUUAGAACUAAAUUAAUUGGUGUAUACUGAUGUAAUGUCCUAUGUAUCUUACUAAUUAAUCUGUAUUCCCUUUUAAAAAUUACAAAUGGAUGGAAUACAGAUUGGGAAUCUUCCAGAAAUAUUAGUUAUUACUAAAUAAAGAAUCUAGUUUGGAACAAGCGUGAUAUAGCAUGGCCUAGAGCAUGGAUGUGUUCUAACUAAUGCCUUUCUUCCCUCUGUAUAUUCUAAAAAGAUUGUGGCAACUACCAAAAGAAACCGAUGAAUGUAAGAACGGAUAUAAGCCGUGCGACGGAAAUACUGACAGGUGUUGUGCUAAUCUUACCUGUGGUGUUGAACAGUGUGGAAAACAUAGUAAAUGUAAAAUAGACUGUGAUCAGGUCCUUUGUGAAUGCAAACCAGGAUUUCAGUUACCUAAUGAAGGAAGAACGUUCAAAAGUAUAAAUGAAAAUAAGUGUGAAGAUAUUAAUGAAUGCAUUAAAAGUCAUUGUGAUGCAACUGCCAUCUGCGAGAACUCUUAGGAAGUUAUUCGUGUUAUUGCCCACCAGGAUAUUUCCAAUAUUCCAGUUGCUGUCCAGAAGGAUAAAACGAAGAUAAAAU